CCUGGAGGCUGAACGGCGCAUCGACCUGUUUUCUCUGAUCAGCUCAGCUGAUGUGAGAUUAAAAACCAGCUUUAAACCUCUUCGUGGGCUCGCUGGGGGGUUUAUUUUCACAGUGGAAGAGGCCCCGAGAGUGUCAGCCCUGCAGCCCUGCAUCCCAGGAACCCGGACCAGCACUCCACCAUGAGCUCGGAGGACGGGGACGUGGAGAACCAGGCGGAGCUGGAGGAGAAGAGCCGGCUCAUCAGCCAGGUCCUGGAGCUGCAGCACACGCUGGAGGAUCUGUCGGCGCGGGUGGACGCUGUGAAGGAGGAGAACCUGAAGUUCAAGUCGGAGAACCAGGUUCUGGGUCAGUACAUCGAGAACCUCAUGUCUGCCUCCACCGUCUUCCAGAACACCGACACCAAGAGCAAACGGAAGUGAGCGGAUCUUCGGAGAGCCCGGUGCGGUCCCCAUGGCAACCGUCACCGCCCUGGACAACCGGACUCUCUAACACCAACUACACCUGCAGCCGGUUUCACGCCCGUCACACGGAGCAGCGCUGCACUGUGAAGUCGCUGUCACCAUAGACGUCUAUCCGUAUCCUUCCAUGGAGCUGCUGGGAUACGUCAACGUCGCCGCCAUAUUGGAUGUUCAAGACUGCGCUGUAAACUAAUACACGUAAAGGGACUUAUUUUCAUAAAGCGCCUUUCUACAAAGAAA